GCUAAGUAACCUCUGUAGGAUACGGCUACAGCUGCUUAGAUGGAUGCUGAUAAUGUUUUGUUGUAACAACAAGCGAAGCCGUGCCUAGUCAGAUCUUGAAGUAAACCAGGAGGAUGGACGAAGGCACCGAGUUAUCUCUGAGCAUCGCCCAGAUCGUGCAGCGGCUCAGAGGAAGCCAUUUACACUCUCAGAUAGAGAGACAAGCCAAAGACUGUUUACAUCGACCUGAAAUAAAAUUGGAGUCUCUAAAAGAGGACGUGCGCAGUUUUCUUAAAACAUCAGGUUGGGAGAAAAAGCUGCAGAAUGCAGUAUACAGAGAACUGCAUGUCCAGCUGCCCCUGAGCCAUCCUACAGCUCCUCCAGAGCAUCUGAAAGAGCCGCUGGCCUAUAUGCGCAAGGCUCAGGCCAGCUGGGAGAAGCGUGUCCUGAAAAGCCUGAACAGCAUGAGCACGGAGCUCGGCGUGCCUCUGGCUCGCAUGAGGCCCGCCGUCGAGCAGAAGGAGCUCGCCAACAAAUGGAAUGAGAUGGGCACAGACGAACCAGAUUUAAGUCGCUUCAGGCCUGUUUAUGCCCCAAAAGACUUUCUUGAGGUUUUAAUCAGUUUGCGGAACCCUAACCAUGACAGCAGUGAGGACAUCAGCACCAAGAGCCACUGGGGUCUCAUCCAGGUCCCCCUCGAUGUCAGGGACAUCCCCCAGCUGAGACAGGGCUACUCGGAGCUGAGCUUGAACGCUGGACAGCUGGGGAUCGAUGAUAACUCACACAUCCAUCCAGAUUUGUUUGAAAACGAGUACGUUCACAUCGGGAAAAAAGCGGUUCUGGAGCAGGACAGCGCAGCAGCACAGCAGUACAGCAGGCAGGGCUGCCCCACCGGGCUUCGGGCGGACCUCUGGGCCCUCAUUCUCAACUCCACAAACCAGCCACAGGAUGUGAUGUAUUAUGAGCAGCUAAAGGCUGGAGUCAUACAGCAUGACCUGCUGGUGGAUAACCUCAUCUAUAAGGAUGUGAAGCUAACUGCUAGUAACGAUGACUACUACUUUGUGUUUGAAGAUUUCCUCUAUCAGGUGUUGUUGUGUUUCUCCCGGGACACUGCCGUCCUGGAGCACUUCAAAUACAACAGCGCCACUCCUCCCAAAUCCUACAUCCAUGGGAAAGUGGGAGAUGAGGAAUGUGCUGUUGUUUAUCCUCCCAACGGCGUAAUUCCUUUUCAUGGCUUUUCGAUGUAUGUGGCGCCUUUGUGUUUCUUAUACAACGAGCCGUCGAAGCUGUACAGCGUCUUCAGAGAGAUAUACAUCCGUUACUUCUUUAGAUUGCACUCCAUCUCCUCCUCUCCCUCGGGUAUAGUGUCUUUGUGCCUGCAGUUCGAGCGGCUGCUCCAGACACACCUGCCUCAACUCUUCUACCACCUCCGACAAAUUGAGGCGCAGCCGUUACGUAUAGCCUUUAAAUGGAUGGUGCGGGCCUUCUCUGGGUACCUUUCCACUGAUCAGCUGCUUCUUCUUUGGGAUCGAAUUCUUGGAUAUGAUUCACUGGAGAUAGUUGCAGUUCUUGCAGCUGCUGUGUUUGCUUUUCGUGCCGAGAACCUGAUGGAGGUGACGUCACUGGCCUCGGCUGAGGCCGUCCUCGCCGACCUUUCAACUCUGAAGGUUAUGCCACUCAUCCAGAUCUUUCUGUUCGCCACCGCCAUCUGAAGACAGCUGAGGCGACAGUACAGGCCGCGCUACCACAAGGAGGAUAUGGUGUCACCAGACAAAUGCCACUUUGCUAUGCCAUAAGCACAUUAAACAUGACUCAUCAUUUAUCAAGAAAUGGAAGCCAAGUAAAGAAAACCUGCAUCUUCUUUUGGUUUAAGCAAAAAUCCAAACCCAUCUUCAGCACGUAUGCACCAUAAAUAGUAAACACCCUUUAUGAUGUUAUUAGAUAUUAUACAGUAUGUAAGCAAAUCCUACAGAACCCAGACCCCUUACAGGAAGAUGAUCCACAUAGCAGUUUUUGGACCAGCUGAGAAGCUCAGCAGGAAAUAAGUUGCACAAAGCAGUAAUUAUGUUGAGAGAGGGAACAACAGUAAUGUCUCCAAGCUUGACUUAAUGAAGUGUUAAUUAGCUCCUACAAUUUAUUCUGCUUCAUGGCUCCUGCUUGUUAUUACACUAUUAGAUCAUGCUGUUGCUGAUGAAUGAGGAGAUUGGAUGCUCUGCUUCAGCAAGUUGAAAGAAACGGUGAAAAGCCACAGAGUCACGCUGUUACUCAUUUAAUUAAAAAGCUCUGCACGUGCAGUUUAUUGUAUUUAUGAAGGCGAUUGUAUGUCGCCGCGCUCUUUAAGGACUUUUAGCACCUUCUGUGCCAAUAUUAAUGUAACUGUGAGCAUUUUAAGUAUGUAUUAUUUUAUGUCUUUUAUUUAUAUAUGAUUUUAGAUCUAAAAUAGAUUUAGUGUUUUUUUAUUUAACAUGAUUCACUGCAAGUCAGUGCCACAUUUUAAAUGCUCUCCUGCAGCCUAAAAUAUCACAUUUUUACAAUUAGUAUGUGGAUUAUUAAUGGCUUAAAUCUUUGUUUUGGUUAAUAAAGUUUCUUCUUGUCUU